GUAUGUGCUGCCACCUCCCAAAUUAAAUAUCGAAAUGCCAGAUUAGAUGCCACUUCCGGGGACAGAGCUUAAGUGGACUGGGACACACUCUCUCCGCCUUCCUCUGCCUCCUCGUUCACCCCGCAGACCAGAACCAGAACUGGAGCUGGGUCUCCAGGUACGUCCAUCUCAUGCCUUGUUUGCAUCCAGCGCCUAUCAGCCACUCACCACGACGGGACGCGGAAGUGGCAGGUGACGGGGUGUGUGCCAGCAGAUGCGGAUGCCAGGAAGAGUGUGAGAACAGGGGUGGGAUUUCCAUCUGUCUGGGAGGGGCUCCAGGUACCCCUCUUCCCCGUCAGACCCACUGGGGGAUGGCUGCUUGCCAGGCCCCCGGAAGGAACAUCUGUCUACACGGUGCUGAAAUCCCAAUCAAAAGUAUUGUUUAGAAAUGUAUUUCUCCACAGGGCUGACCUCCUGCAGCUCGCUCAGCACUCCCAGGUCCUCAGCACUCCCAGGUCGUGGCUGGGGCAGUCAGUAGGAACUGUAACUAUGUCUCUGAUGCACCACGUGUUUAGACACAGCACAGUCCUUUUUUCUGUUCCUACUGUGGAAGUAGUUUCUCUUUGGGCAUGCUGACAGCAGUUUUUCAUAGCCUCACCGAUGAGCCCUUUCUACGGGAGUGACUCCAUGCUUGUAUACAGAGUAUUUAUACAAAUGUUUUAGCAUCUUCAUAUGCGGUGUUAACCCCUAGUCCUGUACAGCAUAUUCUGUUCAAGUAUUUUUUUUACAAGCUUGUGCUGUAGGCACAUGCCUUCUGCUGCAGAAGUGGACGCCCGUGGCACACCCACCCUGCCCCAGUGGAGUGCCACGCCUUCAUGGGACAUUGCCACUUCUGCUCUGGAACUCGUGCAGGUACGUAGUAGCUGCUACUGCCAGAACAGCAAUGCCAAGCAAGAGAUGGUCCAUGCUUUUCUGACGUUCUCAGAAUAGUGGCUAGCUUCAAACCUGACAAGCGCUGCUUGAAGCCGGAACACUAGAGAAUGUUGCUGAGGGCAGAAACGGCCACGCGGGUGACGACUAUGCAUGGGAAAGUCUCAAGCUUCCCUCCUGCCAGCAACAAGAAGGCUUUGGGGUAGGCACGAUGUUUUCACGUGUGCGUGCCGUUUCUCCAAGCACUGCAGGUUCCGCCGUGUGUCAGAGGCUGCAAGUUUAACAUCCUCCUGCCUGAAAACAAAUAGGUACUUUGCUGAAAAGAGGGUAAAAAAAAAGAGCUUUGAUCGUCUCAGCCAGGAGAAGAGUGUGGCGUUUUCACGCGGGCAACUGCUCGCCGGCCUACAUGGGGUUAAUUCAAGUCUGCUGCGAACACGACUCCGCCCCUGGCACUGGCCUCCAGCAAGCCCUGUUCUCUUUGCGGUACGGGGGAACGGGAUUGCUUAGCCUUUCCUGCUCAGUGUGUAAAAAAUGUAGCGAAAGCCACUAUUUUUGCUCUCUUAAGCUGUUCAAUAAACCGGUUCCUCGUUUUACACGUGCAUGAUGUGUAUCUUAUUUGCUGGAUGGCCCAGGAAACUGGAAUGGUCCUCUCAGCCAGCCUCAGAGGAAAGAAAUCUCUAGCUGGCACAGGCAGCCGAGUGAGGCUGGCGGCUGCAGGGGCACAGCCUUUAGAAUGAGUCCUUCAGUGCACAGGUCCCAGGGUAUACGGGGUAGUUGCAGGAAGGAGGGGACGCCUCGCAGAUGCCACUGUUGGCUGGGCUACACCAUGCCACACUUGUUACUGCUUAGGAGGCUUUCUGGACUGUUCCUUGGGUGCUACGACAAUCUGCAGCAGACACUGUCCUUUUACCGCUCCUGGUCCUGGUUUGCUCCCCAGUGAUGUCAACAGCUGAGGACUGCUCACGCUGCAACAAAAGGCUCUGCAAUUGCUGUCUAGCUCGCCCUGGCCGUCUCUAGAGUUCUGCCUGAACUGAAACUCAAGUGGGGUUCAGCUCAUGACUUGCGGCAAUUGACCAGGAAAUCCACCAGUUGCUGUGGCUGGAAGGAUUUUCAGUCCUGUGGGUUGUAACCAGAGGCCACAGGUGGAUUCUGCCCUAGGCUCAUGAGAUUUCCGACUUGCUGUUCAAGAAAAUGCCUUGUGAAGUGACAACAGUAGCUGUGACCCAACUGCCGGUGCCUUGCUGGUUCCUGUACGUCCCACUGGAUCCUCACAGCCCCGGGAAGCAGGUGCUACUACUCUUAUCCCCGGGAGGAGACAGAGGCCGAGAGAGGUUAAGUGACGUGCCCAAGUCACACAGCUCGGCAGCGGCCAGGUUGAGACACCAGCAUCAGCAGUCUGUUUGCAGACCCCUCACUGUCACCCCCUGAGCCAGUGCGUCUUGGGCCCUGCGGUCAGGAUGUCUCAAGCGUGGAGGCAUCACCGGUUCCUGGCAGUCUCUGGAGGGUCACUGAACUCUGUGCCCAGAAUCGAGUCGGGGGAGUCUGUGCAGAGGUGGCCCUGUGUGUGGGGACAGUGUGUGACACAGACACUGCUUUGGAUGGACACCUCUCCCGUGACCUCCUAGCAUCCAAUCCCAAAGGAACAACUGUUGCAGAGAUGGACCGCUGGACACCAACCCACGUGCGUUUCUCUGGAGACACUGGCCAAGGAAAACAAAACAUGUUGGAAGGCCAACAGCUGCAUGCCCCACCACGACGUGACCGCAGAGACCCGGGGUGUAGAAGGGUGUCUCUGCUUGGUGGGAGGACACGUGCAGGCCGAGGAGAGGCAGGAAGAAGGCUGCCUCCGACUCCCCACUGGACUGCAUGGCGACGGUGUGUGGUGGGGCAGUCAGCUAAGCCAUUUGCCUGAGUGGCUGUCGGGCAUCUGCGUGCUGGGGACCGACAGUGUGGAUGUGUUAGGAGGAUCUGUAUGGAGCACAUUGCUGCCUCUGGCUAGGACAGGGUGGAAAGGGUGGCGUGGCUACAGCCUGACCCAUGGGCACCGUCCUACCCUUUGUUCUGUGCUUCAAAGUGUCAGUCAUGUGCUGGGGUCUGUGGGCCCAUGACUCAGACGGUGAGCUCUGACCUUCCUGAGCCAGGGCUUUGCUGUAGUUCUGUCUGGCUCAGGAGCUCUAGGACAAGGGGACUGCUCCAGGUCUGCAUCUAAGGUGUGGCAGGGCCCCUCGGCACUCUUGUGCACUAGUGUCAUCUUUCCCAUUGAAAUGACUGUGAGGACCAGAAUGUGCACAUGCAGAUGGGCAGCUACUUGUCUGCCUUGGCCCUUUAUUACAUAACUUGCUGGGUGUGUGGAGAUGCCACCCCCCCCACCCCCCGCAGUCAGAGCCCCUUUAUGAUGUCGUGGGGCUGGUUACAUGACUGCCAAGGGGUGCUGCUGGCCACACUGCACUAGCAAGUUUGCCAGAUGGAGGACAAGCCAUCAUUGAGUAUGGCUCGCUGUGAGGAAAGACAUUCGAGAGGACAGGGUCAUGGCUUGGAAAGGGUGCCUUUUCCUCCCCAAUUGCACUCAGAGACCUACCUUCACCCAGCAGAUCCUUCCCCUGCCUGGGAUGACCCAGUGUCCACUGGGAGCCCUAACUUCAGGCUGCUGACAGAAGAAAUCGCUUUCCAACCUCUGGCCGAGGAAGCUUCGUUCAGAAGGCCACACCCUGACGGUGACGACCCGCCCCAGGGAGAAGAUAAUCUCCUCUCCCUCCCCUUUCCGCAGAAACUGUGGAGACUGGUCAGCAGCAACCAGUUUUUGUCCAUCUGGUGGGAUGACAGUGGGGCUUGUAUAGUGAUCAGUCAAAAACUCUUUGAAAAGGAGAUUCUCAAAAGGGACGUCGCACACAAAGUGUUUGCCACAAAUUCGAUAACCAGCUUCUUCCGCCAGCUAAACUUGUACGGCUUCCGAAAACGGCGUCAAUGCACUUUCAGGACCUUCACCCGCAUUGUCUCCGCAAAAAGGCUGGGCUCCAUCUUGAAUAAGUUAGAGUUCUACUGCCAUCCUUACUUUCAAAGAGACGCCCCUCACCUCCUCGUGAGGAUGAAGAGAAGAGUGGGCGUCAAGUCUGCACCAAGACAUCAGGAAGAGGACGAGCCAGAAGCUGCUGGAUCCUGUCUGGCACCAGCAGACCCUGAGCAACAAGAUCACACGUCUCCGAAUGAGAAUGACCAGGUCACACCACAACACCAGGAACCGGCCGGUCCCAACACCCAAAUCAGGAGUGGCUCUGCUCCACCAGCAACUCCUGUGAUGGUGCCCGAUCCCACCGUGGCGAGUGACAACGCUCCAGCGACCCAGCCGGCCGGCGAGUGGUCAGAGGGCAGCCAGGCUCACGUCACUCUGGUGGCCGCUGUCCCUGAGCCUGCAGCGCUGCCCUUCCUCUAUGUCCCCGGAUCUCCCACUCAGAUGAAUUCUUAUGGGCCUGUGGUGGCCCUUCCCACAGCUUCCCCUAGUACCCUUGUCAUGGACACCACAGGACUUCCUGCACCCGGCGUGCUGCCCUUCUGCCAUCUCUGGGUACCGGUGACCCUAGUGGCUGCUGGGACUGCACAGCCUGCUGCCUCCAUGGCCAUGUUCCCCCAUCCCCCAGCUCUGCACCACCAUUGCCCCCACAGCCACCACACGUCACAGUACAUGCCAGCUAGCGAUGGGCCCCAGGCGUACCCAGACUACGCAGACCAGAGCACAUAGAGGCGAGCAUUUGGGCAGAAUAUGUGCUGGUCAAUAAAUGUGUCAGAAAAUGAGUAAUUUUCUGACUGCACAAAAAAGUCUUCGUGGUCUCCGUCCUUUUUCUUUCUUUGCAGUUGAGUACCCCCCUCCGACAUCUUUGGCUUGCAUGAUAGAGACUUCAGCCUAACACGCCUCCCUGGAAAAGUGCCCAGGAGAUACUCGAGCAGGUGCUGGGUUUUAGGAAGCCCCUCAGACAUCCUGCCUCUGCUCAUUAAAAAUUACCUGGAGCCGGCCGGGCGCAGUGGCUCACGCCUGUAAUCCCAGCACUUUGGGAGGCUGAGGCGGGCGGAUCACGAGCUCAGGAGAUCGAGACGGUCCUGGCUAACACGGUGAAACCAUGUCUAUGCUAAAAAUACAAAAAAUUAGCCGGGCGUGGUGGUGGGCGCCUGUAGUCCCAGCUGCUCGGGAGGCUGAGGCAGGAGAAUGGCAUGAACCUGGGACACGGAGCGUGCAGCGAGCCGAGAUCGCGCCACUGCACUCCAGCCUGGGCGACAGAGCAAGACUCCGUCUCAAAAAAAAAAAAAAAAAUUACCUGGAGUUGCUCGCUGAGUGCCAGUUGUGCUGCUAGCAUUGCUGGCCGAGGGUUCACAAUGACACUGUGUUGCUGGCCAUUCCUUGUCAUGGCAGUGCCUUUAUAUAACAGGAUCUUCACUUUACAUACAGAUGAGAUCACGUCUGGCUUUUUCAUUGGGUUAAAAAGUGCCCUUGAUAGUUGUGGAGGUUACACAUACUACCAAGGAGUCCUACGGGUUUGCAGUUUAGAGGGUGCUCAUUAGUGUCUGGUGGACAGGAUUUACGUUUGGCUUUUAUGUCUACUGGAUCCGGUGGGGUUUUUUACUUCCUUCCUUGAUUCCUCCACUAUGCCCCCACUUUUUCUUUCUUGUUUUCCUUCCUUCCUACUUUCCUUUCCUUUCCUUUCCUUUUUUCUUUCUCUUUCUCUCUUUCUCUCUCUCUUUGCAUCCUUCCUUCCUUCUUCCUUCCUUCCUUCCUUUCCUUCCUUCCUUCCUUCCUGCCUUCCUUCCUUCCAUCUCUCUCUCUCUCUCUUUCCCUCCCUUGCUUCCUUCUCCUUCUUUCUUUUGGAGUCAAAAAUUAAUUUAAAAGAUGUCAUGUCAUGUUUUAACUUAGGAAGCAGCCUUUUCUGGUCACUUGGGGUGUUCAUCUUAGAACACAUGCUAUCAUCGACAAACCUCUUUGACUGAAUGAUCAGAGGAAAUAGAUUCAAGUUCUUACCGUAGAGACAACUGGGCACAGACAUCAAAAGAGCUCUGAAAUCAGGGCGUGCAGAGAGCCCCAACACCCACACACCAGAACCCAGAGGUAUCCCUGCCUGUGAUUUUUAAUUUGACAGUAGGUGGCAGAGUCCUGGGAGACGUGGGAAGAGGCCAUAAGAGAAUGCAGACAUGGGAAUGGAUUAAUCCAGAGUCCAGCCAUGGUCUGCAGGUGGAUCUCCCUGUCUCAGCCUGCUCACUUACAAAUGGGUGCUCAUUUACAAAUCGGUGUGAAUCACAUUUCAUCAUUUGUGAGCUCCGUAGUUUCCAAGAAGUACAAUUUUCUCAUGUGUUUCCUGGACUUUAUACAUAUGCCUCCAGAGUUUGAAUCAUGCAAAGAUGCUGCCACUUAAAAACCUCUUUCCUACAAACUUACACCCCUCCGAUCAUGGUUUUCCUGUGAAUCUCAGCCGGGCACGGUGGCUCACACCUGUCAUCCCAGCACUUUGGGAGACUGAGGCAGGUGGACCACGAGGUCAGAAGUUCAAGAGCAGCCUGGCCAAGAUGGUGAAAUCCUGUCUCUACUAAAAAUACAAAAAUUAGCCGGGCACGUUGGCAGGCACCUGUAAUCGCAGCUACUCGGGAGGCUGAGGCAGGAGACUCGCUUGAACUCAGAGGGCAGAGAUUGCAGUGAGUGGAGAUCACGCCACUGCACUCCAGGCUGGGCGACAGAGUGAGACUCCAUCUCCAAAAAAUAAAAAUAAAAAAAUAAAACUGUUAGAAGAAUGGAAAAAACUAUAUAGAUGGAGAGAAAAUAUUAGUAAUCUGAUGUCUGAUAAAGAACUCAUAUGCUGAAUAAAUACCAAACUUUUAACAUUCAACCUUUGAAAACAAAGAAUCCACCUAAAGAUGUAAAUGAUUUGAAGACAUUCACCAAUGAAGACACGCAGAAAUACACAUACAUUCACCAAUGAAGAUACACACAUGAAAAGAUGAUCAGCACAAUUAUUCACUAAUAAUGCAAAUGUCAACAGCACUAAGAUUCCUCUACCCACCUAUUACAAUGGAUACAAUUCAAAUACCUGAGAAUAUCAAAUUCUGGAGAGGAUGUGGAAUUCUCAUUCAUAGCUGGUAUACAAGAAAAAUGUUUCAUUCACUCUAGAAGGCCUUUUGGCCCUUUCCUAUGUAGUAAAACAUAGACUUACCUUUAGAUCCAUCAGUCGUACUCCUAGGUUUUACCUAAGUGAAUUGGAAACUUUGGUUCUCACAUGGAAAAUCAUGUACACGAAUGUAUAUAGUAGUUUAUUCAUAAUCACUAACCAAGAUGUCCUUGAAGAGGUGAAUGGAUAAAACCAAUGGUACUUCCACAAACUGAAAGUGUAUUCAAAGUUCAAUCUACCCUCAAAUAUUCCAGGACAGGAAAUUUUGGAGGCCAGUUCAGCCAAGUGGCAAGGGAAAAUGAAUCACCAUCUUAUCUCAUCUCUUCCAAUGCACCCAAAAUGGGCAAUUGUUUAACUCAUUCUCCCAGGCUCGCUCUCCUAGAUUCAUAAACAGAUGAAGGCACCCGAGCACUCAUGAACAGAAUUUGUGAGGCAAGUGUUCACACAUAUCGCAGCAAAUGUCAUAAACAGAUAAUCACAUAUCCAACACAACAGUGGAUUAAACGAACAAGCCGCCUGUAUGCAUGGAAUAAAAAUAUGAUUAAAUGUUAGAAAAAAAUUCAAUUCUAAUUCCCUGCAUACAAGAUAGACUAGAAAAAAACAUUCAGUCAUGACAAUGGGUACAGGAAAAGGCUCUGAAAUGAAUUCUGUGUAAGUACAAAUUAACAAUGUUUAGCAACCUAACAUUAAAAGGAACUUCCGUUUCCUAAAAUCGGCAGCAAGCAUACAUAAAUGUGAAAUGUCAGAAGCUCUGCCAUUCACGGCAGUGACAAGUCGUUGACAUAUGCUGUCACCACUACCACCUACAUCUGCAGUGAUAUCAAAAUGAAAAAGAGCCAGAGCUAUGGAUGUCAAAAUGAAAAUGAGAUAUGAAGACUGCAAAGAAAUAGAUAGUAUUUGUUAACUAUAUGAUUAUCUACAUAGAAAAUUCAAAGGAAUAGACACAUUGAAUAUUCAAAUGAAUAAAAGACUUCAGAAAACAUCAUAUAGAAGGUCAUUACAGCAAAAUCAAGAGCCUUGCCACACAAAAGCAACUUAGUGCAUAAAAUAGAAAAUAGAAAAUAUACCAUUCACAGCAGCAUUAAAAUCCAAAAUGUAAAUAAGAAGAGCCCAACAAGACCUUCAUGGAAGCAACUGUGCAAAGUUGCUGAUAGACUCAGGAAAUAAUCUCAAGUAAAUGGAUCUGUAUACCAUAUUCCUUGAUGGGGAACAGAAUAUGGCAAAGAUGUAAAUGCUACUUAAAUUAAAUACAGAGUGAGUGCCUUAACUGUCAUUGCCAAAGUGACAACCAAGCUCAGGUUGCUGUGCUCUGCUCCCCAAAUCAACCCUGGAAAAAUAUAGGAGGGAAAAGAUUAAAAAAAAAAAACCAUCAAAACAGAGAAAGCCCUGGGGAUGACUGAAGACUGUGCUAAACUAGUACUUGUGUUUUGGGUCCAGAGAGCAGCAGGGAAAUCGAGGAGGUCUGUACCCUGCACAGAUGGCAGAUUACAGGAUGGAUAGGAGAAAGUGUUUAACAUUCCACCCCACAUCAUCGCACAAUCUCAGGCAGCACCACAAAAUCUGAUGCCAGUAGCCCUGGGGUAAUAUCAGGACACCAGGAAAUUUGAGUUGAUUGAGACACUAUGGCUCCAGAGUUCUGCUAACAACCACCUGAAACAAACUUAGUAGGAGAAGACCAGCCUUCCAAAAAAUUAUUAUUUUAAUGGAAUAUAAAGAAUGAACUAGGAAUAGAAUAGUAAGUAUGUGUGAAGGCCACAUACUGUGAGUAGAUACUAAUAAAAUAUGUGUGCAUAUAUAUAGUAAAAAGUCUACAAAUACAAACAAAUAUGUAUCUAAAGAUAUAUACAUGUAAGUACAUAUAAUUAUACAUAUAUGAUAUAAAGAUAUAUAUGCAUGUGUAUAUACAUAU